AUGCCGUUUCCAAUUAUUCCAUCCACACGCUCUGGCGUCUCCCACCCAUACUCCCGUCCUACUAGCCGCUCCUCUCAACGUUCCAUUCCAACCAAUUCCCAACCGGCCUCUUGCAGCGCAUCACCCACUUUGCAAGACUUGCCAAGGAUGGAACCAGAACCGUCCCCUUUGGCUCUCCUUGAGGCUAUCACAGCCCUCACAGCCACUGUUGGGUCCCUACAGGACCAAAUCCGAGCCCAGAGCCAACAAAUUAUUGAGCUCAGGGCCAUAUGCAAGGAGACCGCAGACCUCCUUGGGGAUAAAGACCAAGGAGCAGCCCAAGCCAAGCCUGGCCCAUUGACUGGGCCUGUCACUCCUCCCACCCACUCGGGAGGAGAAGCCCACACUCCAGGCACGGUUAGGCCUGGGCUCAAGGCCCCCUUCCGGCCCUCAAGAGGAACCGGGUUCGACUCAGAGGAAGAGGAAGAACCAAGGCAGCCCAAAAAGGAGCCUCAAGGAACGCCUAGAAGGCACCUUGGGUCCCUUACCCCCUUUGAUGCCGGGUCCAGCGUAAAGAGACCCAAGAUGGACCUCCCUGAACCAUAUAAGGGAGACACUAGGGGCCGCAAGGCCACCCAAUGGCUAGAUAGAAUGAUGCUCUGGGUAGCCCUCCACCGGGACCAAUUUGACAAGGAGGAGCAGAUGGUUGUGUGGAUCCUUUACCACAUGACCGAUAAAGCCGCAGACUGGGCGCUCCCCAUUAUUGGGGCAAUCAUCAAGGGCAAAGGGAACCCUCCUACCACCAUCCAGGCCCUAACGGGCAAAUUCAAGGAGGCGUUUGCUGACCCAGAUGCCAAAAGGGCUGCUGCCAGGAAAAUUGCGGCACUCUCCCAAACCACCACCACCUCCGAGUAUGUCACGGAGUUCCGCAAUCUCAUGGCGGAAUUAGACUGGAACAAGGAGGCCUACAUUGCGCAGUUCACGCAAGGCCUCCACUGGAAAGUCAAGGAACUGCUAUCAACCAAGGAUAGUGUCCCCGAUGAACUCGAGGCAAUCUUUGCGGCCUCAAUAAAAAUUGACAACAUCCGCCGCAAAAACGAGGAGAACCGCCCCAAGAAGGCGCCCGCCAAGUCCCCGGCCACCGUGGCCACUUCCACUACCACCACUAGGGUCCGCCUAUCCGAGGAUCCCAACUAUGUCACCCCGGAAGAAAGGGACCGCCGCUGCGCAUCAGGGCUAUGCGUCAAAUGCGGUCAGAAGGGCCACGGAAUCAAGCAGUGCCCAAAUGGCUGGAAAGCCACGAUUAAAGAGGUAGCCAAGCCCCCGACUCCAAAAUUGGACAAUCUAGAUAGUUUUGAAUUUGUAUCUCUCGCUCUAGACUCGAAUAAAAAACCUCUCUUAUUUAUCAAUCUAUAUGUCCAAAAUUCCCCGGCAGAACCCCUCAAGACACUCAUAGACUCCGGAGCCACAUCGAAUUUUAUCUCCCCAUCAAUUGUGGAAAAAUUAAAAAUCCCAAAAACCCAACUCGAAAAUCCACAAGUUGUGAGAAUGCUAGAUGGUACAAUCUCUCAGACUGGUUGCAUUUGGCACCAAGUUCAUCUCACGGUUUUGGCCAAUGGCCAUACACAUUCCAUCCCUUUCCUAGUCUGCCCCAUUGGGACCACACCCGCCAUACUUGGCAUGACAUGGCUCACUCAGGAGUCACCCCUCAUAGACUGGAAUCUAGGCACCGUCACCUUCCCAGACCAAGUCCAGAUAGCCUCGGAAGAAGAAGCAGAUCCUGACCCACUUGCAGAUCUACCUACGGAAUACCAUGAAUUUGCCAAAGUGUUUGGAGAAGAGGAAUUUAAGGUCCUUCCCCCGCACAGGGAAUAUGAUAUUGCCAUUGGCCUAAUUCCCAACGCCAAACUCUCUCCUGGACCCAUCUACGGCAUGACUGAUGCAGAAUCCAAGGCGCUGAAAGUACAUAUUGAUGAGGAAUUAGCAACGGGCACAAUCCGCCCCAGCACUUCCUCAGCAGGGGCCCCUGUCAUGUUUGUUAAAAAGGCAGAUGGUUCUUUGAGACUUGUGGUGGACUAUCGGAAGCUAAAUGACGUAACUCAUAAAAACGUUUAUCCCUUACCGCGGCAAGAUGAUCUCAUGGCCAAACUUAGGCAUGCAAAGUUGUUCACUAAACUGGAUCUCCGCUGGGGCUACAAUAACGUCCAAAUCAAGGAAGGUGACAAAUGGAAAACGGCUUUCCGCACCAAAUAUGGGUUAUUUGAAUAUCUGGUCAUGCCUUUUGGUCUCACAAACGCUCCCGCCGCAUUUCAACACUUUAUGAAUGACCUGUUCAGGGACCUGAUCGACGUAACAGUAGUAAUUUACUUAGACAACAUUCUCAUCUUCUCAGAAAAGCCGGAAGAACACCCGCUCCAUGUCAGAGAAGUUCUGUCUAGACUAAUGAAGAACCAGUUGUUCUGCAAACUGUCAAAAUGUCAUUUCCACGUCACUACAGUGGAUUACUUGGGCAUUGUCAUAUCUCCAGCCGGCUUCUCCAUGGACCAGAAAAAGAUCAAGGCCGUCACUACAUGGCCCACUCCCAAGACAGUCAAACAGGUCCAGGCAUUCCUAGGAUUUGUCAACUACCUCCGCCGAUUCAUUCCCAACUUUAGCUCCGUGGCACGCCCCCUGCAUAAUCUCACCAGAAAGGAAACCCCAUGGUCAUGGGGUAACCUGGAGGAAGUAGCGUUCCAGGAACUGAAGUCCCUUGUUACCCAAUCGCCCGUCCUCAUCCAUUCCAACCCAGAUCUGCCCUACUACCUAGAGACAGACGCAUCAGGAGUAGCUAUGGGAGCCAUACUGAGUCAAUGA